UAGGUUUAUUGCAUUGGCUUGUAACUUAUUUUGUAUCCUUACCUCAACAAAAUUAUGAUCAGAUAUAUCGCACGAUGAUAUCGAUAGCUGAGAAAAACAAACAAAUUGGAAAACAAAACGCGAAAAAUGCCCUCUGAAAACAGCAUUAAGGUAAUGCCCAAGGCAGUGGUUUGCGAGGAGAGCAACCUCCGCGGUGACAUCACCUUCUCUGCUGGCUGCGUUGUACACCCCAGUGCAACGGUCUUCGCAGAGGCUGGGCCCAUCAUCAUUGGGGAGAACUGCAUUCUGGAGGAGUACACCACCAUCGCCCACCGGCUGCAGGCUGGUGCCAGAUGGGAUGCCAACAACAUCCUCAGUAUUGGAACACACAACGUCUUUGAGGUGGGCUGCACGGUGGAGGCGACCCGCAUCGGGGAUAAGAACGUUUUCGAGAGCAAGUGCUAUGUGGGCCCGGGCGUUACCGUGCCAAGCGGCUGCGUGAUUGGGGCCGGCAUACGGAUGCACACGGCCCAGCUGCUGCCGGAAAAAACCAUCGUGUAUGGUCAGCAGGCACUGCAGCGCGAGGCGAUCGAGAAGCAGGGCUCCCAGACGCUGCAAAUCGACUUCCUCCGCAAGGUCCUGCCUAAUUACCAUCACCUGCGGAAGCCCAAUCACGACCCAAAAAAGCCGCGCAGCGUCGUUUAGAAAUCACUUAUGUACUUUCUUGUCCCACUCUGGCAUUCAUAGUAUUAAAGUUAUCCAUCUCCCUCCCAAA